CUGGGGCUGGCAGGGGACAGAGACCUGGAGCCUGCGAGGCGAGAAGGUGUCUGCAGAGCCAGCAGAACAGAACCACACCGAACAGAACCUCGAGAGGAACGACAAACCCUGAGACCACACCUGUUACAGACCCCAAGCACCCUGUCAGCUAAGAGAGACCCUCGAAAGAUGGCCGACACCCAGACGCAGGUGGCCCCCACAUCAACCAUGAGGAUGGCAGCUGCAGAGGACCCACCCCUCCCUCCACCCCCAGCCCUGGAGGACCUGCCACUGCCGCCACCCAAGGAGUCUUUCUCCAAGUUCCACCAGCAGCGGCAAGCUAGUGAGCUCCGCCGCCUCUACAGGCACAUCCACCCCGAGCUCCGCAAGAAUCUGGCUGAGGCUGUGGCCGAGGAUCUGGCUGAGGUCCUAGGCUCUGAGGAACCCACCGAGGGUGACGUUCAGUGCAUGCGCUGGAUCUUUGAGAACUGGCGACUGGAUGCCAUUGGAGAUCACGAAAGGCCAGCUGCCAAGGAGCCCGUGCCGGGUGGUGACGUCCAGGCCACCUCCCGCAAGUUUGAAGAAGGCUCCUUUGCCAACAGCACAGACCAAGAGCCAGCCAGGCCCCAGCCGGGUGGAGGGGACGUCCGUGCAGCCCGAUGGCUAUUUGAGACAAAGCCACUGGAUGAGCUGACAGGGCGGGCCAAGGAACUGGAGGCUACUGUGAGGGAGCCCGCAGCCAGCGGAGACGUGCAGGGUACCAGGAUGCUGUUUGAGACGCGGCCGCUGGACUGCCUGGGCUCCCGCACCUCCCUGCAGGAGCAGAGCCCAUUGGAACUGCGCUCAGAGAUCCAAGAGCUGAAGGGUGAUGUGAAAAAGACAGUGAAGCUGUUCCAAGCGGAGCCCCUGUGUGCCAUCCAGGACUCAGAGGGUGCCAUCCACGAGGUCAAGGCCGCAUGCCGGGAGGAGAUCCAAAGCAACGCGGUGAGGUCUGCCCGCUGGCUCUUUGAGACUCGGCCUCUAGAUGCCUUCAACCAGGAUCCCAGCCAGGUGCGGGUGAUCCGGGGCAUUUCCCUGGAGGAGGGGGACCGGCCCGACGUCAGCGCAACUCGCUGGAUCUUUGAGACGCAGCCCCUGGAUGCCAUCCGGGAGAUCUUGGUAGAUGAGAAAGACUUCCAGCCAUCCCCAGACCUCAUCCCACCUGGUCCGGAUGUUCAGCAGCAGAGGCAUCUCUUUGAGACCCGAGCGCUGGACACUCUGAAGGGGGACGAGGAGGCUGGAGCAGAGGCCCCACCCAAGGAGGAAGUGGUCCCUGGUGAUGUCCGCUCCACUCUGUGGUUAUUUGAGACAAAGCCCCUGGAUGCUUUCAGAGACAAGGUCCAAGUGGGUCACCUACAGCGGGUGGAUCCCCAGGAUGGUGAGGGGCACCUAUCCAGUGACAGCUCCUCCGCACUGCUGGGCUCUCAGGGUGCCCCACAGAGGGAUGGGCUAAAGGGGGAUGUGAAGACUUUUAAGAACCUUUUUGAGACCCUUCCCUUGGACAGCAUUGGACAGGGUGAGGCUCUGGCCCAUGGGUGUCCGAGCAGAGAAGAAGGAACUGAUUCAGCUGGGCAGGUCCAGGGCGUAGGGGCCCCCGUGUAUGCCAUGCAGGACAGCAAGGGCCGCCUCCACGCCCUGACUUCUGUUAGCAGAGAGCAGAUAGUCGGAGGUGACGUGCAGGGCUAUAGGUGGAUGUUUGAGACACAGCCCCUGGACCAGCUCGGCCGAAGCCCCAGUACCAUUGACGUGGUGCGGGGUGUCACCCGGCAGGAGGUGGUGGCUGGGGAUGUUGGCACUGCUCGGUGGCUCUUUGAGACCCAGCCCCUGGAGAUGAUCCACCAGAAGGAGCAGCAGAAACGAAAGGAAGAAGAAGGGAAGAGUCAGGGAGACCCCCAGCCCGAGGCGCCCCCAAAGGGCGAUGUGCAGACCAUCCGGUGGUUGUUCGAGACGUGCCCAAUGAGUGAGCUGGCCGAAAAGCAGGGCUCAGAGGUCACAGGUCCCACAGCUAAGGCUGAGGCACAGUCCUGCACCUGGAUGUUCAAUCCCCAAGCCUCGGACAGGCCAGCGGGGUCCAGGGAGCAGCACCUGCAGGUCAGCCAAGUCCCGGCUGGGGAGAGACAGACAGACAGACAUGUCUUUGAGACCGAGCCUCUUCAGGCCCCAGGCGGUCCCUGUGGAAGAGGGCCUGUGAGAUACUGCAGCCGCGUGGAGAUUCCUUCAGGGCAGGUGUCUCGUCGGAAGGAGAUUUUCCAGGCCCUGGAGGCAGGCAGGAAGGAAGAAGACCAGCCCCGGGUAAUCGCCAGGCCCAUACCCGCAGGUUCUGUCCACAAGUUCACCUGGCUUUUUGAGAAUUGCCCCAUGGGCUCCCUGGCAGCUGAGAGCAUCCGAGGGGGCAACCUCCAGGAAGAGCAGCCCAUGAGCCCUGCAGAGAACGGGAUGGGAGAGAGCCAGGAGACUGCAGCUGAGGGGACCCUGCGGACUCUGCACGCUACCCCUGGCAUCCUGCAUCACGGAGGCAUCCUCAUGGAGGCCCGAGGGCCAGGGGAGCUCUGCCUUGCCAAGUAUGUGCUCUCAGGCACAGGGCAGGGAUGCCCCCAUAUACGCAAGGAGGAGCUGGUGUCGGGCGAACUUCCCAGGAUCAUCCGCCAAGUCCUGCGCCGGCCAGAUGUGGACCGGCAGGGGCUGCUGGUACAGGAAGACCCAACUGGCCAGCUCCAACUCAAGCCGCUGAGGCUGCCAACUCCAGGCAGCAGUGGGGGUACUGAAGACAUGGACCCCGAGCUCCAGCAGCUGCUGGCUUGCAGUCUCGGGGCCUCCGUGGCAAGGACUGGGCUGGUGAUGCAGGAGACGGAGCAGGGCCUGGUCGCACUGACUGCCUACUCUCUGCAGCCCCGGCUGACUAGCAAGGCCUCUGAGAGGAGCAGCGUGCAGCUGUUGGCCAGCUGCAUAGACAAAGGAGACCUGAGUGGUCUGCACAGUCUGCGGUGGGAGCCACCGGCCGACCUGAGUCCAGAGGCAGCCAGCGAGAGGGCCCAGAGCCUGCCCCCAACUGAGAGCAUCAUCCAUGUUUCCCCACUGGACCCCAGCAUGGGGAUGGGGCAUCUGAGAGGCCCAGGGGCCACCCCUUGCCCUCCUCGGGCCAUUGGAAAGGCAGUCCCUGUGGCUGUGGAAGCUGCAGCACCAGCCCGAUUGCAAAACACAGAAAAGCAGGGAGACAGUCACAAUGGACAGAAAGAGAUGGCAGUCUUGGGAAAGUCAGAAGGAGCCACGACUACCCCUCCAGGGCCUGGGGCUCCAGACCUGCAGGCCGCCAUGCAGAGCCUUCGGGUGGCAGCAGCUGAAGCCCAGAGCCUGCAGGAGCAAGUUCUGAACAAGCACAAGCAGGGCCCCGCCCCCGCAGCCACUGCCGAGCCCAUCCAGGCCGGUCUUCGGAAAGCUGGGGCUACCCAAAGCAACAUCAGGCCUGGGGGUGGAAGUGAUCCCCGGAUCCCAGCAGCCCCCAGAAAGGUCAGUGGGGAAGAGCAAGCACUACCCAGAGGGCCACCUGGGGGGUGGGUGACAAUUCAGGACGGCAUCUACACCGCUCAUCCCGCGAGGACCUUUGACCCGCCUGGGGGUGUCCAGCCUUCUGACAGGAAACCCCAGUCAAGGCGCAGGGAAACCACCCUCUCGGUCCAGGCUGCCGGCCCCCUCCAGGGAGGCCCAGCUCAGAGUACUGGGCCAGGGCGGGAGGCGCCUGGGGGCCGCACACAGAUGGCCUGGGGGCCUCCAGGGAAGGUGAUGGCAGAAGUCUGCCCAGGGGGCCUCCAAGCUGCAGAGACCACCCUGAAGACUGCCCCUCUAGGCUGCCACAUUCUGGCCUCUGGGCCCCAAGCGCCAGGUGCCAGCCCGCAACCCCAUAAUGCCUUUGUUCCUCCUCCUCCUACUCUCCCAGCUGCUGUGACAGGACCUGACUUUCCAGCCAGAGCCCGCUGUGACGAGGACUCCAUCCAGCAGGUCUCCGAGCCCCUGAAGGAUCCCCUUCUUCAGUCCCACAGCAGCUCUGCUGGCCAGAGAGCCCCUGGAGGGUUACAGACAAAGACCUCAAAACUGGAGCCUACCACGUCCCCAAAGGAGAAGCCGCAGCUGCCCCCUAAACCGGCACACCUAACCCAGAGUCACCCUCCUCGGAGGCUGCCCAAGCCCUUGCCUCUAUCUCCCAGCUUUUCCUCAGAGGGGGGGCAAAGAGAGCAGCGACAAGGUGAGACAGAUGCCGCCGUCCCUCAGCCAGUCAAUGUUCCCACCACUGUGGGCCAGGGCCACAGAUCUCUGGCCGACUGCCCUGACGGACACAGCCACCCCAGCCCCCAACAUAGCCUCAGCACCACGGCCCCCAGGCACGCCCAGAAUCAGAGUUCUGAGCCCCCCAAGCUCAAUGCUGUCAACUGUGAUCCCACCUCACCACAGGGGGGCCCCGGCUCCUCAGGAAGGCAGCCCGUGGAAGGGGCCCCCAAGAGCCCUGCGAGCCUGCAAAGAAACCAGAACGAGCUCCAGGGCCUCCUGAACCAGGUGCAAGCCCUGGAGAAGGAGGCUGCCAGCAGUGUGGACGUGCAGGCCCUGCGGAGGCUCUUUGAGGCAGUGCCCCAGCUGGAAGGGGCUGCCCUUCAGGCCCCCGCUGCCCACCAAAAGCCCAAGGCCUCCAUGGAGCAGGCCUUUGGGGAGCUGACACGGGUCAGCACGGAAGUUGCUCGGCUGAAGGAACAGACCCUGGCCAGGCUGCUGGACAUUGAACAAGCUGUGCACAAGGCGCUCAGCUCCAUGUCCAGCCUCCAGCCUGAGGCCAGCGCCAGAGGCCAUUUCCAGGGACCUCCAAAAGACCACAGUGCCCGCAAGAUCAGUGUCACAGUCAGCAGUAGCGCCAGGCCCAGUGGCUCCAGCCAGGAGGUCGGGGGUCAAACUGCAGUCAAGAUCCAAGCCAAGGCUGGAUGCCACCCGGAGGCCCAGCAGGAAGUCAGGAUGAGAAAUCACACGGAGGUCGGAGGUCACGCAGCCUCAACAGCACCUCCCACCGGGAGGCAGGAGACAUCAAGAGAAGAUGCAUGCCUCCCUCGGGUCUUGCCUCCCAGCCAAGAUUCACCCUCCUCCCCAACAUUUAUCUCCAUCCAGUCGGCCACGAGGAAGCCUCCAGAGACUCCCAGCUUCAAGGGCAACCCUGACGUCUCGGUGAAAAGCACAGGACUAGCUCAGGACACAGGCCAGGCCCUGCUCCAGCAGAAAGGUAUCCAAGACAAGGCUGGAAAGAAGGACGUCACCCAGUGUUCUGCACCGCCUAAGCCUGCCCCUCCCUCAGCCAGUCCCCUGACCACAGGGCGGCAAAAGAGUGUUCUGGAGCUGCAGACGGGGCCAGGGAGCUCGCAGCACUAUGGAGCCAUGAGAACCGUGACUGAGCAGUACGAGGAGGUGGACCAGUUCGGGAACACAGUCCUCAUGUCUUCCAGCACAGUCACCGAGCGGGCAGAGCCACCCAGGAGCCCAGGUCUCCGCCUCGGGCUCCACGCCUCCCCCUUGCUGAGGCAAUUCCUGCACAGCCCAGCUGGGUUCAGCAGUGACCUGGCAGAAGCUGAGCUGGUGCAGGUGUCCUGCAGCCCCCAGACAGCUGCCCAGUGAGGCCAUCCCUCCCACCACACCUGCCACCUGUUCUGGCCUCCACUGCCCCAGGACUGAGGUGGGUGCCUACCUCCUGCACCCUGGCACAAGGACCAAGAGGAAAGGGCAUCUUCAGGGGAUUACUGGGGCCAUCUCCCUUUCAUCAGUUCUUUCAAUAGGCCAAGUUCUUCCAAUGGGAAAAGAAAGGUCUGGAAGCAGCCCACAGAGUAGCACAGGCAUGGGGGUGGGGUGGGGGCCCCCAGCUGCUUGUGGAGGAUGUAAUGUACACACACACACAUGUUUCUCACACAGACCUGGCCCACGCAUGGACAUGUAUGAAUCUGCACGCCACUGCCUGAGGUGGAGCCCCCCCAGAGUGUCCCUCUACCCAGAGUUUUUAUUUCUUUUAUUAGUCUGAAUGUUCCCAGCCAUCUGCUCCAUAAUCCCCGGAGAGGAACAGAGCCAACUGGACACAGCGUCACUCUCUGUUUGCAAUCACUGUGAGGUCUCCAGAAGGGCCUGGCCGCCAGCCCCUUCGUCACCAUCUCCAUCAUUCAGCUGGUCAUCUGGUGGCCCAAAGGUCACAUGAAGAGUCAGCAAUCACCAUGUCCCCAGAAGCCAAAUGCACUGCCUUUCUCUGUCCCAACAACUGCCCCCCACUGCACCCCAAACAGGAAGCGUAUGGUCUGAAUAAACCCAAGUUUUAUUCUCUACUCUGUGC